GCCGCGCAGAGCCGGAGCAGGAGCCACGGCCGAAAGGAGGGAGGAGGAGGAGGAGGAGGAGGUGGAGGAGGCGCCGGACCGGGGGGAUUAUCAGUAUUUAAACAGACCACAUCAUGCGUGAGUACAAGCUAGUGGUCCUUGGUUCAGGAGGCGUGGGGAAGUCCGCUCUGACAGUUCAAUUUGUUCAGGGAAUUUUUGUUGAAAAAUAUGAUCCAACGAUAGAAGAUUCCUACAGAAAGCAAGUUGAAGUAGAUUGCCAACAGUGUAUGCUCGAAAUCCUGGAUACAGCAGGAACAGAGCAAUUUACAGCGAUGAGGGAUUUGUAUAUGAAGAAUGGCCAAGGGUUUGCACUAGUAUAUUCUAUUACAGCUCAGUCCACAUUUAAUGACUUACAGGACCUGAGGGAACAGAUUUUACGGGUUAAGGACACAGAAGAUGUUCCAAUGAUUUUGGUUGGCAAUAAAUGUGACCUGGAAGAUGAGCGAGUAGUUGGCAAAGAACAGGGUCAGAAUUUAGCAAGACAGUGGUGUAACUGUGCCUUUUUAGAAUCUUCUGCGAAGUCAAAGAUCAACGUUAAUGAGAUAUUUUAUGACCUGGUCAGACAAAUAAAUAGAAAAACACCAGUGGAAAAGAAGAAGCCUAGAAAGAAAACAUGUCUGCUGCUUUAGACCCGCAGUAAGCAGCAGCUCUGAGCCAGAUUACAGGAAUGAAGAACUGUUGCCUAAUUGGGAAGUGCCAGCAUUGCAGACUUCAAAACAUACAUCUGAAGAGGCUUCUCCUGUUUUAUAUAUUAUGUGAAGAAUUUAGAUCUUAUAUUGGUUUGCACAAGUUCCCUGGAGAAAAAAAUUGCUCUGUGUAUAUCUCUCAGAAAAUAAGACAAUAGUAUUUCUCCUUUGCAAUAGCAGUUAUAACAGAUGUGAAAAUAAAUAUACUUGACUCUAAUAUGAUUAUACAAAAGAGCAUGGAUGCAUUUCAAAUGUUAGAUAUUGCUACUAUAAUCAAAUGAUUUCAUAUUGACCUUUUUAUCAUGAUUCCUCCCUGUCAAGCACUAAAACGUUGAACCCAUUAUACUUUAUAUCUGUAAUGAUAUAUAGAUUAUGAAAUUUCCCCUCAAACUCAUUACAGCAGAUAACUUUUUUGAGUCAUUGACUUCAUUUUAUAUUUAAAAAAUUAUGAAAUAUCAUUCUGUCAUUAUAUUCUAAUUAAAAUUGUUUGUGCAUAAUGCUUUGGAAAAAUGGGUCUUUUAUAGGAAAAAAAACUGGGAUAACUGAUUUCUAUGGCUUUCAAAGCUAAAAUAUAUAAUAUACUAAACCAACUCUAAUAUUGCUUCUUGUGUUUUACUGUCAGAUUAAAUUACAGCUUUUAUGGAUGAUUAAAUUUUAGUACAUUUUCA